AAGUUCGCAUUUCAAUAUGUUUUGCUUUGUGUUCUCAUUGCUAAUGUUUUUUUGAGUUUGUAGAUUAAAUAGAUGUUAAAAAGAGAGUUUUUUGAGAAUGGGGGAUUCAGGACAGAACUUGGCAACACAAGCUGUCAUAUUUCUGGCGCGGGAAAAUCGUAAACAACACACAGGAGGAAAUGCGUUAGCUUCAGUAUGGGUUAGGGUAGUUAUAACAGUACCAUAGACUGUAUAAACAAGGACAGUAAACAUUAAACCCCUCCGUCUUUAACUUGUAUUUAAGAAGAAGAAGAAGAAGAAGAAGAAGAAGAAGAAGAAGAAGAAGAAGAAGAAGAAGAAGAAGAAGAAGAAGAAGAAGAAGAAGAAGAAGAAGAAGAAGCUCACCAUAGGCAUUAAGAAUCAGUAACCUUUCGCUGCUUCCACAACGCCGUGUUUAUCGCAAAUGGGUCGCCGUAGCUGAAUAUUUCCUGACAUUACGCAUGUGUGCAUUCAACUAAAAGAAAACCCUGUAAUUAAAUCUGUAUGGUAAGAAGGGUCGAAUGGAUCGAUACAACGACGUGAAGCUUCUGCUCAAAAACUGGGAGCAGGGCUUUGUUACACAACAUCAGAGGAAACCAAACAAGGAGGAUAUUGAUCAAGCUCCAGAGGACACAAGGAAUCUGUACAAAGAGUACCGCAGUUUGAAGCAAGCUAAGGAGAAUAGCAGCAGUGAUGCUUCACACCGCCAAGCUGAUCAGUCAAAAUCUACAGCUGAGGUCAACACACCCCAGAAGGAAUCAGACUGUUGGGGUUCCCAUCUGAACCGCAGUGCAAUUGUUGCAUCAUCUCCCAGACUGACAGCUGAGGACAGAGACAGCCUGAAAGCUUCAGCCCAAUAUUAUGGUCUGAAGCUUAAAAACAACUUGGCUACACUCGGAAAGGAGAGACCUGUCUCACUGAAGAAAUCGGUCGUGGGUCGGUUGCCUCUGAAUGCUUUGAAAGAAGGAGCAACGAGAGAGACGAACAGGCCUGCUUCUGCUGCUGCCACCAACAAGUCCACUCCCACUAGACUUAAAUCCAAUCCUUUCUCACCAAGAGGAUUCAAGUCUUGCCUGGGGUCCCUGGCCUCACCUCCUGAACAUCCAGCGCAGCCUGAAGAUCAGCUUGAACCAUUUGAACCUUUCAGAGAGCUUGAUGUAGAGCCUGCAAAUGGAGCCAGCAGUUGUAUUAGUAAUAUUAGCAGCAAGAGUAGUACAAGCAAAGCUAUUUGUUCACAAAGUCAGACUGUCUCGAGCUUCCCUCCCUCUCCAGCCAGAUCUUCUGCCCUGUUGAUGACAUUAUCUUCUCCACGCAGUGUAGGAGUGACAAGAGAAGAUGCAGGAGCCGCAGUAGGAAAGUUAAAUGAAAGUGUAGGAGCUGCAGGAGACACAAAAGAAACGUUUGAAGCUAUUAAAACUCCACAUGCAGGCAUUGGUGCUGUAAAUGGAAUGAGAGGAAGUCCACAAGUCCUCAGAGGAGGCAUGGGAGGGAAGCCCUCGCCUGCCAGCAGACUGGGUUUUGUUGACAGGAAGUGGUUAGAGAGGUGUCAGGUGUUUGGAGAGAUGGGGGCUGAGGAGAGGCCUGGAGCGGGCAACCAAGAGAUAAAGCAGGAGAAAAGAGGAGAUAAAGAAAAGGGAGCCGAAACAGAAGGACAAAUACAAGGAGAGGAGAGUGUUAGCAAAAUGGAAAUGCAUGUAGAGGGAGACCGAGGAGAAGUAAGAGACUCGGGAAAGGAGGAAAAGAUUAAGAGUAUUAGUAGUGACCAAGCGUUAUGUGAGAGUGUAUCAAAAACAUCUGAACAUACAGGAAAAAGCAGAGGAGGGAAAGAAAAAGUAAAAAGAAAGCGAAGUGAGCAAGCAGAAGAAGGACUGACAACGCCUUUAACACCAGAAGAUGACCCUGAGAGGGUUCAGAGAGCUAAAGGUAAGAAGAGAGGCACAAAAAGGCAGCGAGAGGGCGAGAACACCGAGGGAGAGACGAAAGAAGAGGGAGGAGUGAAGAAGAAGCGUAAGAAUGGCAAAAAGAAAGAAGAAGGCUCUGAUGUAAACCCAAGCCCAGGACCAGAGAGAGCAAAGAAAAGGAGAGCCAAGAAGAAAAGUGAGGAAGAUGAAGUGACGGAGGAGGAUAAAGAAACCAAGGCACCAAAAAAGGCUCCUCAGGAGAACUUGUUAGGAGAAAUAGAGGAAGAGUAUGAAGCCAAGAGGAUGCAUCACAGGCAGCCUAUCAAACCCAGAAACACCAAAGGGAUGGAGGGAAACUUUGUGAAGAUCAAUUUGAAGAAGAAAUCUCAUGUGAAAGGAUACGCUCUGAGGGGUGUCGGUCUGCGUAAACAGUUGUACAUGCAGAAGUUCCAGCUGAAAGGCGAGCGAUUCGGUGGAGGUGGUGGAUUUUUUGGCAGAGGAAGGGGAGGUGGAUUCAGAGGUGGAUUUAGAGGUGGAUUCAACCGGCAGGGCGACACCUGCUACAAGUGUGGAGAGACCGGACACUGGGCCAUGAACUGCAAGGGACGAGCUCCUCCCCCUCCUGUUUCUGAAGACCCACCUGCUGAAGAGGAGCCUUUUGAACUGCCCACACUGGAGGAGGUUGCAAGAGCAACAGGGACGCUGAAACCUCAACCACUUGCUGCAUCUCCAAGUGUCAAAGUGGAGCAGCCGUCCCAAGAAUCGGAUAAUAACCAAAAAGACGAGGUCUUGCUGAACGUGAUUCGUCCUGACUAUGAGCGCCCGGCUCCUCCUCCAUCGGUGGAGCCACUUUUCCAACCCAGAGAGGAUGGGAAAGUUCAGGAAACACCACCUGAGGUGUUCGCAGCUCUGAAAGAUCUUGGAUAUCAGUCAUUUAGAGCAGGACAGGAGGAAGCCAUCAUGAGGAUCCUGUCUGGUCUCUCUACCCUCGUCGUGCUCUCUACAGGAAUGGGCAAAUCAUUGUGUUAUCAGCUCCCGGCAUACAUGUACGCUCAGCGAUCACAAAGCAUCACUUUGGUUAUUUCACCUCUAGUCUCACUCAUGGAUGACCAGCUUUCCGGGCUGCCAGGCAAGCUGAAGGCAGCUUGUAUCCACUCCAACAUGACCAUGAAACAGAGAGAAGCUGCAGUAGAGAAGGUGAAGUCAGGCCAGGUGUGUGUGCUGCUCCUCUCUCCUGAGGCUCUGGUUGGUGGAGGUGGUUCUGGUUCAGGGUGUCUGCCCACUGCCCAGGAGCUCCCCCCUGUGGCCUUUGCCUGUAUAGACGAGGCUCACUGUGUGUCAGAGUGGUCGCACAACUUCAGACCCUGCUACCUACGGCUCUGUAAGGUCCUAAGGGAGCGUUUGGGAGUGAAGUGUCUACUGGGACUGACGGCAACGGCCACACUGUCCACCGCUCUGGAUAUCGCCAAACAUCUGGAAAUCUCUGAUCGAGAAGGCGUCGCUGUGCGGUCUGCAGCGGUGCCUCAUAACCUGGUUCUGUCUGUGUCCACGGACAGAGAGAAGGAUCAGGCUUUAGUGUCCUUGUUGAAAGGUGAUCGCUUCGGUUGUCUGGACUCCAUCAUUGUCUACUGCACCCGACGUGAGGAGACAACUCGCUUGGCAGCGCUGCUCAGGACUUGCCUGCAGGGGGUGCUGUUGAAAGAAAACAAAUUCAACAGCAGCAGUGAGACACAACACAACCCGAUGGGGCAGAAGAAGAAAGAUCUUGCCAGAAAAAAGAUCCGUAAACCUCUGAAAUGGCAGGCGGAGUCCUACCACGCAGGCCUGUCGGCAUCAGAGCGCCGUCGUGUGCAGAACAACUUCAUGUGCGGGGAGCUCAGAAUCGUGGUGGCCACUGUGGCGUUCGGCAUGGGCCUAGAUAAAUCAGACGUCCGUGGGAUCGUUCACUACAACAUGCCGAAGAGCUUUGAAAGCUAUGUUCAGGAGAUUGGAAGAGCAGGAAGAGAUGGAAAUCCAGCUCACUGUCACCUCUUUCUGGACCCUGAGGGUGGAGAUCUCCAUGAGCUGCGACGUCAUAUCUAUGCAGACACAGUGGACUACUACACGGUCAAGAAACUGGUGCAGAAGGUUUUCCCUCCUUGUAAAUGUAAACAGAUACACCAGAGACAACAGGAACUUGUGACGGACAUUGAAGACUCAGAGCUGAUGGAAUUGAUGGACGUGUGUGAUCAGGAGAGCAGCAUGAAUGCUACUGUUCAGCAGGAGAUGGAAAGUACAGAGACACCACCAGCAGUGUCCACAGCACCCAAUAAAACACAGUUAACAGUGGAGCAGGAAAAAUCGGAUACUGACAUAACAGAGGGGCCCCAUCUUGAAGACAAGGAAGAAGGCAAGGAAGAAGGCAAGGAAGAAGGCAAGGAAGAAGGCAAGGAAGAAGGCAAGGAAGAAGGCAAGGAAGAAGGCAAGGAAGAAGGCAAGGAAGAAGGCAAGGAAGAAGGCAAGGAAGAAGGCAAGGAAGAAGACAAGGAAGAGGUGGUAGAGGAGGAGGCAGUUAAACCUGAGGAAGCUGGCAGUUCCACAAAGCACAAGGAUGUAGAGGUGAAAGGAGAAGGCGAUUGGCUGAGAGAGCAGGAAGAUGAAAGCAGUGACUGGCCUGAAGAACGAGUGUGUCACACGCACGAGAGAGCGAUUCCAAUCCAAGAUACUGUUGAAGCUCUGGACAUCACAGAGGAAGGUGUAGAAACGCUUCUCUGCUAUCUGGAGCUGCAUCCUCAGCGCUUUGUCGAACUCCUUCACCCCACGCUGUCUGUGUGUAAAAUCAGCUGUUACGAGGGACCAAGACAGCUGCAGAAAAUCACUAAAAUUUGCCCUCCCAUGGCCGUGGUGUUGGCCAGAAUGCGGAUGGCGGGUGAGCGAGUGGAGUCAUGUGAUCAGCUUGAGUUUGAUGUCGUUGAGGUGGCCGACACGAUGGGAUGGCAGCUUCCUCUCGUGAAGAGAGGACUCAGACAGCUCCAGUGGAGCACCAGCAGAGGUGGUGGACGCAGCGGAGUCCAGGUUGAGUUCUCCUCUGUGUCUUUCUACUUUCGCUCCUAUGGCGACCUCAGUGAUGAGGAGUGGGACAGAGUGUGUCAGUUCCUCCACAACCGAGUGCAGAACCAAGAGAGGACGCAACUCUACCAGCUGUCUGCCUGCUUCAAGGCUUUUAAAAGUGUUGCAUACAACAGUGUCUUGUCCUGUGUCGAUGACCUGGACGAGAGUCGCAGUCUCCAGCUGAAAAACCUUCUCUCUGAGUACUUUGAUAAGAGACGGGAUAGAAGCCAGAUGCUUGCACCAGUGGACAUCGAGGAGCUUGACAAAUAUAAAUUGUUGGACUGGGAGAAUCAGAUAAGAGCUGACAUUAGGAGUUUUCUCUCCAACCGGAGUGAUGAGAAGUUCUCUGGGAGAGCUGUUGCCAGAAUCCUGCACGGCAUAAGCAGUCCUUGUUUUCCUGCUCAAGUGUAUGGCAGAGACAGACGCUACUGGAGGAAGUACAUCCAGUUUGACUUCAACCAGCUGAUCAGACUGGCCACUCAGGAGAUCAUUCGCUUCAAGUGAAGGAUCUGACUCUUUUUCUUCAACACAAGCUUUGAGGAGAUUUUAUUCCUCAAAUCACUUCAUGAUGUCAGAUUAUUUAAUCUGUGAUGUUUUCUACAUCGUAAAGUCUUUAGAUGUAAAAAGUUUAAAUAUUAGUUUGUUUUGUUGGCUGAUUAAAUAAAAUAUUUCUAUUUUUCUAA